GGCAGUCAAGGCAUUGUCAAUGCCAACCGGACCGCAGUGCGCACAGGGGCGACGCUGCGCUCCGCGCUGCUGCGCUGCUGCGCGCACCAUGACCACCCUCGGAAGACGGAUGCGGCUCGGUUGCUGGUCAAUCAGGCUUAUAAUGUUUUCUUCGCGUUUUUAUCAGCUGUGGAAUUAAGACAAAAGUUUUAUAAGUAGCUCAAACAAUGGCCCGAAUCUAAAUAGACCCACCGCGUCACUGAGGCUGGCUGUUAGCCAUGAACGAGGAUGAGCUAAACAUGACUCAAAAGGAGCAUUUUCCAUUUGAAGAUGAACAUUUCGACUGCUGUAUUGAGGAGAACCUCUGGACAUUGAAUGACAGCACAAAGCUGGUUGGAGUUCAAGUUGUCCUCAUCCUGUCUUACAGCACAAUCAUCUUAUUUGGAGUCACUGGAAACUCCUUGGUGAUUUAUGCCGUCUAUAAAUUCAAAAACCUACGCACAGUGACCAACUUCUUCAUAGUGAACUUAGCUGUGGCUGACCUGCUGGUGAACACGCUGUGUUUGCCUUUCACUCUUGUCUACCUUCUCUAUGACGAUUGGAUGUUCGGUCAGGUGUUAUGCUUCCUGCUGCCUUUCGCUCAAGGCAUGGCUGUACACGUCUCCACCAUCACUCUGAACAUCAUCGCUCUGGACCGCCACAGGAGCAUCGUCCACCACAUGGAGACCAAGAUGUCCAGAGACAUGUGUGCCGUGGUCAUCGUCAUCACGUGGGCGCUCAGCGCCUUACUGGCUAGCCCGCUUGCCAUUUUCAGGGAGUUUGGGUCCUUUAACAUUUCCACCGAAGAGACCCUGCAGGUGUGCGCGGAGAAGUGGCCGGACAGCAGCAUGAAUGGAAAAAUCUACAGCUUCUCCAUGCUGGUGGUCCAGGUUGUCAUACCGUUGCUCAUCAAUUCUGUUGCAUACAUCCGCAUAUGGAACAAACUGAAGAAGCACAUGAUAUGCGGCCGCAAUGACAACCAGCGAAGGAAGAAAACCACCAAGAUGAUGCUGACCAUGGUGGUGGUCUUUGCUGUGAGCUGGCUGCCCUUCCACGCAUUCCAACUGGCUAUAGACAUUGACAACAGUGUGCUGAAUAUGAAAGACUUUAAGCUGGUUUUCACCGUGUUCCACAUCAUGGCCAUGUGCUCGACCUGCGUCAAUCCCAUCCUGUACGGGUGGAUGAACAACAACUACAGGACGGCCUUUUUGUCUGUGGUCAAAUGUUACCGGCCCCUUGGUGUCAGAUAUAGAUCCUCCAAAAACAGAGAGAAAGAAAAAGAUGACGAUAGGGACUGCACUGACUUCAGGUCAACAAACCUCUGAGAACAGGGGGAGUAUUUAUUUGUCGACUCAAAACAUACAGUCCCUCGUAACGUUUUUUUUUUGUUGCCACUUUUACACAUUUGUCAUGCUACAGUCAGAAGCUUCUGUAUUUUUAUUUGGGAUAGAUCAAGGCAAAGAGAUGCACAAUAAGGAAGUAAAAAGUCAAAUUUCUUACAAAUCAUAUUCUGUAAAGCGUGUGUUUGUACUGAGCCUCCAAAAUUCUGAGGCCUCUAAAAAAAAUCCAGUGGAGCCAAAGGGUAACAGGAGUCCUGCUGUUGGUUUAUUUCAGCGUGAAUAAAGCUGCAUCUCACAGAGCACAGUUCAUUCUAAAAUGAGCAAAAAUAUGGCAUAGCUGCACACUUUCCAAAACAUCACAAUCCACCUAAUCAGAGGCUGGGCAAGGAAACAAAGAUUCAGAGACGCAGCGAAGAGGCCCAUUGUAUCUCUGGAGGAGCUGCAGAGAUCCACGUCUCACAUUGGAGUAUGUGUCGCUAAGACAACUAUUAGUUGUGCAUUUCAAAGAUGUAGCUGUACUGGAUGUGGCAAGAAAAUAGUGUUAAAAGAAAGCCAAGGUGGAAGAAGCUGCUGUGGUCAAAAUAAGAGCAAACUGAAUUUUGUGGCCAACAAACUGUAUAACCAACACUGAACAUCAUCUUAAACACAUAGUGAUACAUGAUGGUGGCAGCAUCAUCCUGUCCGGAGACGGGAUAGAACUGAUUUAACUGGAAAACUAAUGAGCACCGUGAAAAUGAUGUAUCACUUUCCUUCUGUAAAAUUAUGAUCUUUGACGUGACAUGAAAUUCUGUAAGUUUGUGGUUAUAACAUGACAAACUGUGGAGAAGUUCAAAGGGUGUGAAAACAUUCAGGGCACUGUAAGUGUGUCAUAUACUGUAUGUUACAAUGAAAACUGGUUCAAAAUGCUUUUAAUGUUUAAGAUGAAAUUUUGCAUGAAUUUAUCAUAACCAUUAAUGAUAGGACAAAAUGAGUCUUUUGUUUUUAAGUAAAACUAUUGUUUAUGUGGACCGUCUGCAGUUAUGUUUGGAUGCAUAUUGUGGGAUCGUUGAUGCUGUCUGAGGUUUUCUAGUAGGUAUUAGGCUAAGUUCACACAUCUGGCAAAUGCAAUCAAACUCCACCUUUCUUACUGCAGUCGGAAUUUGGCUCUUUUCACCCAAAAAAUAAAAGUCCCAUUGGUGCCUUUUCGAAAAUUUUACGAAAUUUUACACAGAUCAGAUUGUUUUCAAAGUGUCUGCAGUCUGAACAGCCAUGCUGCAUUUUAGCCCACUUUCACGCCGUUGAUGUGAAACAUGUCCCAUAUACGGUAAAUUCAGACAUAAACAAUGACUGAACAUGAUAAUUAUGAAAUUAUUAAGGAAGUCUGUUAGUGAAGCACAUCGCCCCAAUCCCACCACUCCUGGAUCUGACAGCCAAACAGACUCCUCUACAGAUAACUCUCCUCUGAAGGCCGUUGUUACUGGUUCUGCUUUCUUUUUAUCAUCUUCCUUCGUCUUGUGUGAUCUUAUUGUGAUACUGCUGUCUCCCAUUGCUCUCAUAGUGGUAGUAUUUAAUUGAAAAGAAAAAACAAAAUCAGAUUUCAGCAGAAAAAUUGGAAUUCAACAUGGAGACCGACUGUGUGAACAUAGCCUUAUUGCAAAGAAUCUUACAUUAUAUUUGUGUUUUUCUUUCAAGGAGCAUUUUGAGUUUGUAAUCUUUCAAGGUGAUGUGGACUACAGUGUAAAACGACUGCAGUUUUAAACUGCUCUAUUCUCUAACAGAAGAAUAGAGUUCUUUUUGGAGAAAAACUGCCUUUUUACUUUACUUUUUCAGAUCUCUUGAUCAUGUAAGGAGAACGUUUAGCAUGCAUAAAGACAGAAUUUGACCGACCAAAUACUUCAGUUUAGUAGAUGGGCUCCUGAAGGACGAUCAUUCAGUCUGUACCGAUGCUAUUUCCCAAAGAUAUGACCUCCUGUUCAUGUGCUGUUGAUAGAUUGUAUAGCCUGGCAUGUUCCUUUGAGUACAAAUUGCAGAGCACGAUUUCAUCGGCUACAAGCAUUGGACAGAAAAGAAAAGCUGCAAGGUAAAAAUAAAAAAAAAACCUUUGAAAGAGUUUCAGAAAGCUUGAAAAAGUUAUUGAUCAAUGACCCUUUGGCUCCUUCAUGGGCAAUAAAAAUGAGUUUGUCAUACAAAGAGCUCAAGUUUUCUCAGUUAGAAACUUUUCUUAUUUUGUCUAGAUUUUUUAAGAAUUGCUUUCCAUUAUAUUAAGAUGUUAAAUAUGUCACAAACUAAGGAGAAAAAAGCUUGAAUGUUAGCGUUUUGCAACUUCCACUGCCAACAGAUACUACACAAAAAACCAACACAAAAACAAAUGCACUAUGAAACUGUUCAUUAUCGUCAUAGGCUGACCUUGCACAUAAGUCAUCAGCAAAUUAUCAUAUUUCCCUUGUCAGAUCACAGACAUUUCAAGGCUUUAUCUUGAGUUUGCAUAAAUAGAAGUUUGCUUUGAAUCCCACAAUUUCAUGCACAUUGAUGAUGCCGUUUGCUUUGAGUGGUCUGUAAUAAAUGUAGCUUUUUAACA